UCCAACGGCGCCAUUGCGGGUGGCGGUGCGUGUCCGGCCUUACCCGCUCCCUCUUUCCUUCCCGCCCCUUCCUCCCCCUCACGAAGCAUGGCGACGGACUCCUGGGCCCUGGCGGUGGACGAGCAGGAAGCGGCCGCGGAGUCGUUGAGUAACCUGCAUCUGAAGGAGAGACCCAAACCAGAAUCCAAUGGUGCUGUUAAGACAGAAUAUAAUGCAGAGAAGACAGAAGAGGAGGGGAAAGGUGCUGUUAAGACAGAAGAUAAUACAGAGAAGUCAGAAGACGAGGGAAAAGAGGACAGAGCGGCCCAGUCGCUGUUGAACAAGUUGAUCCGCAGCAACCUGGUGGACAACACAAACCAAGUGGAGGUACUGCAGAGGGAUCCCAACUCGCCCCUCUACUCUGUGAAGUCUUUUGAGGAGCUGCGGCUGAAGCCGCAGCUGCUGCAAGGUGUCUACGCUAUGGGCUUCAACAGACCAUCCAAAAUCCAGGAGAAUGCGUUGCCUAUGAUGCUAGCAGAGCCCCCUCAGAACCUGAUUGCACAGUCUCAGUCCGGUACCGGCAAGACAGCAGCGUUUGUCUUGGCCAUGCUUAGCCGAGUAGAACCUGAGAACAGAUACCCACAGUGUCUGUGCCUUUCCCCAACGUAUGAGCUGGCGCUCCAGACUGGAAAGGUGAUUGAACAGAUGGGCAAGUUUUAUCCAGAGCUGAACCUCUCCUAUGCAGUUCGGGGCAAUAAAUUGGAGCGUGGUCAGAAGAUUUCCGAGCAGAUUGUCAUCGGCACCCCGGGCACCGUCCUGGACUGGUGCUCCAAGCUGAAAUUCAUCGAUCCUAAGAAGAUCAAAGUCUUCGUCUUGGACGAGGCAGACGUCAUGAUAGCCACCCAAGGACACCAAGAUCAGAGCAUCCGUAUUCAGAGGAUGCUGCCCAGAGACUGCCAGAUGCUUCUCUUCUCGGCCACCUUUGAGGACUCUGUGUGGAAGUUUGCAGAGAAGGUCGUUCCUGACCCGAACAUCAUCAAGCUGAAGCGCGAGGAGGAGACGUUGGACACCAUCAAGCAGUAUUACGUCCUGUGCAACAGCCGCGAGGAGAAAUUCCAAGCCCUCUGUAACAUUUAUGGCGCCAUCACAAUCGCGCAAGCGAUGAUCUUCUGUCACACUCGCAAAACGGCGGGCUGGCUAGCGGGCGAGCUUUCCAGGGAAGGCCAUCAAGUGGCCCUCUUGAGCGGCGAGAUGAUGGUGGAGCAGCGAGCAGCGGUCAUUGAGCGUUUCCGAGAAGGCAAAGAGAAAGUCCUGGUGACCACAAAUGUCUGUGCCCGAGGGAUCGAUGUGGAGCAGGUCUCUGUCGUCAUCAACUUCGAUCUCCCCGUGGACAAAGACGGGAACCCAGACAACGAGACGUACCUUCACCGCAUCGGGCGCACGGGGCGCUUUGGCAAGCGAGGGCUGGCCAUCAACAUGGUGGACAGCAAGCACAGCAUGAACAUCCUCAACAGGAUCCAGGAGCAUUUCAACAAGAAGAUCCACAAAUUGGACACAGACGACUUGGAUGAAAUCGAGAAGAUCGCUAACUGAAGUGCAGCUGCCGGAACUGGCACACGCCCUCCCAUGGUAGCUCUCCCACUACAAUUGGAUCAGCAUUCUGAUUGGCACAAACCUUAGCCAGUCACGCGCAAAGGGACGUUUUUAAAGAUAAACAAAUAUACAGAAAUUACCUCAUUUUUAAAAAAAACCAAUUGUGGCUGGACUUGAUUUUAAAAACGAAGUGCAACUCUGGGGAAAGAAGAAAUGUUUACAGAGACUUUUUUUUUUUAGUUUAGCCUUAAAAUGGGAGACUUAAAUUCUAAAGACGUAUUGAUGCCAAAAACAUAGCCCGUUAAUGCAUAGGAGACUACAACCCUACAUUAUCUCUGUCAGUGGGGAGUAACUUUUUAAAAACACACCCAAGCAGUUAUAUUUAAAGGUUCAAAAACCCAGGAGUAAGGAGGUGAGCUUUAAAAAAAAAAAAAAUUAGCGGAGUCUGGCUAAAUAUUGAAGUCGUAAGGAAAUGGUGCUUUCAUUUUGAGCUCUCGUUCCUAGAUGGCUGGUAGGCUGUCCUGCUUUUCCUCGGGUAAAUGAUCUGGAAGGAUUGCUUUUUGCUGGUAAGCACAACUGACUGGUUCAAAACCUUAACUUUCCCUGAAAGGACAGGUUAUAAAUGUGCAGAGUCCCUACGGUUACCUUGCAGAACUCGUUCCCAGAGUUCCUUGAGGGGAAGCCAUAGCAGUUGACAUGCGAGUUGCAAAAGUUCACAGUUACCAGAGGGUACCUAUAGAAACAGAUUUAAAUUGGUGUAGUGAUGGAAAGUGUAAUAUUGUAGUGCAAUGGACAUUUCGAUUAAAGAUUUAUUUUAAAGUUUGCUGUACCAAAUAGGCAAUCUGCAAAGAAGUGCUGGAUCAACCAGGAAGGGGUGUGUGUGGUAGGAUGCUGCAGCCAAUCUUGUCCAGGCUCUUGUCGGUCAAGAAACCAUCCAGUAUUGCUGGGAAGUCAACACUUUGCGGCGAGGGGCGUAUAUCUGAAGAAGAGUGUGGAUGAUUCAGCCUCUCUUGACAAAUCUGAUUCAUGCAGCUUCCAGCUUUGAGGCGGGAGGAUGCUACAGCUCAGUGCUGUAACAGUCUCCCUCCUAGGCCCACUGCUCUUAUAGCCCAACCCGAAUUUCUCUCCCCCGUCCAAAGAUAUUGAAUCAAAUGCACCAGCUCUCCUCACUUGCUGAAACGCGGCAUAGAGACCAGGCGAAUCACAGCGCAAGGGUGAAGGGAAGAGGGGGGGUCAACACGGGAACAGGAAGCAAUUGGUGUAGAUGAUGAACUGGCUCGUUACUAACCUAGUUCUUUCCAAAAGUUUGGGUUCUGAGCAUGUUCUCCCCCCCC